UUAUGAGUAUCUAACACCAAAAUAAAUUGACCUACAGCAUAACAUUAUCUAAUUCACACAAUCAUAAAAAUAACUAAUCGUCUAUUUAUACCACUAUAAUUAUACCACGCCAGAAUUAAAAUUCUAUACACACUACUUAUCUAAACCGACAAAAUAUGUCUAUCUCGCUCACUCUCAUACCAAACACGCAACGAAUACAUUUUGUCUUUAUCACACAAUCACAACAAUAUAUCUCCGUGCUCUACACAGUUUAGCCGGUUUUCUUGUUUAUUUUUAUUCAAACGCACACAAGUUAAAACAUCUGCCGGGACCGCUCGCGUGUUAAAAACACAAACUGUUCAACAUUUGUUGCUAUGUACACGUAAAGACUUUGUACGCAUGCGUGCGUACUGUCAAAUAUUUUCGCCAAAUCGUACGAUUUCGACCCGGCCGGUGAACGAAAACAAAUUUUACGAAAUAAAAUAUAUUUUUUUGUAAAUAAGUGAUAUUUAAAGUGAUUUUGAAGAGGCUGAUUUAAAUAUUGUUGUGAAAAUGUCUAAGGAUCACACGUUAGUCGGGCUAGAUGCUAUUCUUAACGAACUGGGGCCUUUCGGAAAGUACAACAUUAUUAAUUUUGCUCUGUAUUUAUUCCCGUGCUUUUUAGCGGGAAUGUAUGGAUCUGUUUUUAUAUUUGAAGCAUCUGACAUCGGUUACAGAUGUCAAGUUAAUGAAUGCGAAAGUAUAUCAAACACUAGUUUGUGGCUCGAACAUGCUAUACCAAAGGAAAAAGGGGUAUAUGCUAAGUGUUUUAGACAUCCCCUUUUAGAAAAUGUAACUAGUAGUAAUAGUUCAUGUACGGCGAAUGCAUUCGAUACUACAGUACGAGAAGCGUGUACUUCCUAUGUGUAUAGCGAUGAGGAUUCGGCAGUUAAAGAUUUCGAUCUUGGCUGCCUAAAUUGGAAGCGGACCCUUAUAGGCACCAUUCAUAAUUCUGGACUUUUUCUCUCUCUACCUCUAACUGGUAUUAUAUCAGACAGAUAUGGAAGGAAAGUCGCAUUAUCCAUAGCUGCCCUUAUGAAUUGUAUAUUUGGAUUCACAAGGUCCUUUUCUACAAACUAUGUAAUGAUGGUGUCAUUGGAGUUCUUGGAAGCUGGGUUUGGAGCUGGUGCUUAUACGACUGCUUUUGUUCUGGCCAUGGAACUUGUAGGUCCAAAGGGAAGAGUAUUUGGAAACACUUUGAUAAACGUAGUAUUCGUAUUUGGACUGAUGACUUUAGCUAGUCUAUCCUGGUUACUACAAGACUGGAGAACACUCCUCAGAGUUAUAUACGCCCCAUCCUGUUUAGUAUUCUCAUAUCUAUGGAUUUUAAAUGAAAGUAUCAGAUGGCUUUUAAGCAAGGGCAGACACGAUGAAGCUGUCGUGAUCUUAGAAAAGGCAGCAAAAAUGAACAACGUAAAAUUAUCCGAAAACGUUUCAUCUCCACUCCAAGAGCUGGAAAAGAAACCGAUAGAAGAUAAAGAAGAAACAGAAGUAGAAGAAGUGAAGACUUCGAUAUUUUUUCAAGUGAUUAGAUCGAGUAUUAUUAGGAGGAGAUUGGUCACCUGCUCCUAUCUUUGGAUAACCUGUACAUUCGUUUACUACGGACUGUCCAUUAACUCGGUCUCGUUAGCUGGAAACAAGUAUAUAAACUUCAUGCUGGUGGCUUUUAUUGAGAUCCCAGCGAAUUUUGUUUGCUUGUUCGUGUUGGACAGAUUUGGAAGGAAGAGGGUCAUGAUCAUCACUUACAUUUUAAGUGCGAUCCUUUGCAUCAGCUUGUCUUUCCUGCCCAAAGAUCAAAGUUGGUGGUCUCUUGUUUUCUACCUCUCCGGCAAGUUCUCCAUCACGGUGGCUUACAGCUCAGUCUAUAUCUACGUGUCUGAAGUCUUCCCUACCAAUGUCAGGCAGUCGCUCUUAGCUGUAUGUUCGUCUACUGGAAGGGUCGGGUCUACGUUAGCGCCUUUGACACCUUUACUGGCGUUGUACUACGACAACCUGCCAUCGAUAUUCUUCGGCACGUUAGCUGUAUUAGCUGGUCUUCUAGUCUUCACUCUACCAGAAACCAUCAACGUACCUUUACCAGAUUCUAUAGAGGAAGCAGAAAGACUCUCAAAAGAAAGGAACAAAACUGUUGCUUAACAAAUACAUUUAGUAAUAAGUAAAAUCUUUGGUAAUUUUUUGAGCUUUAUACAUUGUAUUUUAAUACAUUUUUACCGUGAAAUCGAAAAGAUAGCAUAAGUUUAAAAUUUAAAACUGAUUAACAUUUCAAUAUUUGGCCAUGUUAUUAUAUUGUAUCAGAAAAUCUAUCACCACUUUCGAACGCACAAAAAGCCUGCAACCUCCUUUUAAAGUAUAACUGACGCAAUCGUGGAAGCGAGAGGCUACUCUAUACUGUGUAUAUGCUCUCUCGCUUUUACAAUUACAAGAGAGGUGUAAUAAAUACUUCUUUAAAUUGCUUAUAUACAGACCAGUUUUAAAAUAUCUCACGCUCAAAACCCGUGCUCAUUUUAUCUAAAUACUUUUAUAAGAAUGUUGCCAAGGAGAUAUUUGUAAUUAUUAUAGUUAAAUAAUUAUUGGGCUUUAGCCUUUCGUUGCAUAUGUGUGUUUGUGUAUGUAAAGAGAAAAUGUUGUUGUGUGUGUGACGCCUUAAUUAUGGAUAUUAUUUUGUUAUUUACACAUUUAAACUUACUGUUUUAAAUAAAUAAAUAGAUAGACCAAAUCACGU